AUGAGCGGAACUGUACUGGUCGAUAUACCCCAAGAAGUCAAGGACUCCCUUCGUAAAUUUCGCUUCAAGCGCCGGAGCCAGGGAAGCGCUGCGAUCGUCAUCAAGAUCAACAAAGCCAAGCUGGUCAUGGAAGAGGUUGAACAAUUCGACGACGUAACCAUCGAAGAAUUGGCUGAAGAAUUACCAGAGAACUCACCACGCUAUGUGGUAUUGUCCUAUGAACUGAAGCACAAGGAUGGCCGAACAUCCUUCCCGCUGGUUCUGAUUAAUUGGUCCCCAUCAUCCAGCGAGACGGGCAUGCUGACUCUUCAUGCAAGCGCUCUUCUCAACUUCCAGAAUACAGCCGAUGUCAGUAAAGUUAUUGAGGUACGCGAUGGUCCUGAAGGGCUCACAAAGGAAGUUAUCGAUGCCAAAUUACUCGCAUAA